AAUGACGGAUCAACCGGAAUAUUCAAAUCUCGAAUUGAUUGCUCAAGUUGAUACUUGGCCUUACUACCAAAGGGACCCAAGUGCUUACAACGAACAUAUGAAAGACUACUACUACUUCAUGAUCGGGGGUUUUGCGGCUCCAUUUGGAUAUGUACAUGCCACAACCAUCUCGAAAGUGAAUUGGCCAAAGUUCUGGACUGUCGAUGAGACUGAGAGAAAACUCAUUUUCGACGGAGGAGACGACUUCACCACGCGCGCACAGCGCAUGGAAGAAACGCUCCGCGCAAACCCAAAGACUGACGAAGCGUCUGCUUUCAGCGGAUGGUGCGACGAGCUUUUCCCCAUAUACACGAAUGAAAGGGUGCACAUUCUCGAUCUCGAUGGUGCUGGAGUCGAUGCUUUUGGCAUCGUCAACUUCGCAUGCCACUUGAAUGGUUAUGUAAAGACAGAUUCGGGGAUCAAAUAUUGGGUUCCGAGGCGUGCCAGAACGAAGGUGAGUUUCCCAGGCAUGCUUGACAACACCGUUGGCGGGAGUCUACGAUCCCGAGAGAGUCCGCUGGAUUGCAUUGUGCGCGAGGCUGCGGAGGAAGCGGGCUUGCCGGAAGAUAUCGCGCGUGCCAAUAUCAAAGCGUGUGGUGCGCUCACGUUUUACUACGUGUAUGAAAUCGCGCUUCCGGAGGAUACAGUACCUGCGCCGUUUGAUGGCGAAGCCGAGUCUUUCACUUUGAUGGCUUUGGACGAGGUUGUUUCUGCUUUGAGGAAGGGGGACUUUAAGCUGGAUUGCGCCAUGACGUGGAUGGCUUUUCUUAUCCGUAAGGGGCAUGUGAAUGCAGAGAAUGAGCCACACAUUAUUGAGAUAUGCUCAAGGCUGCACAGAAAGCAUGAUCUGUUCAUCGUCUAA